GCUGCGACCUUCACCCGCCGCAACUAUGGCGAUCAUCAUCAUCUCGUUGAAUAUCUGCAGAGUUGGUCAGCGAAUUGAAUCGAGAGGGUCAUCCAUGGCGAUUCCACUCAGGAGAAUUGUAUCUGCCCCGCGCGGACCCUACCAUUGGAAAACGCGGUUUUGGCGUUGAAAACUCCAGUCGAAUUUGUUUGUUUAUGGAGUCUGAUAAUCCUCAAUUUCACAGUGCAUCAGUCAUUCGGCGAGCCGAGAGCAACUGAAGUAGCCCUAAUUUGCGGCAAUAGAACGGCGGUACCUUCCGAUCGGCAAGUGUACGUCGCGAAUUUCUUGUCGGCGAUGGAAUCCCUAACUCCGCAGGUCAGCAGGCAAGGGUACGGAGUAGCGAUCAACGGAACGGAGAACAACACAGUCUACGCCUUCGGAGAGUGUAUGAAGGAUUUAUCCCGGCGCGAUUGCGAUCUCUGCUUCGCACAGUGCAAAACGCAGGUUCUGAGGUGCCUUCCAUUCCAGCGACUGAUAAAAGGAGGUAGACUCAUCUUCGAUGGAUGCUAUUUGAGGUACGAUGAUUACAUGUUCUUCAAUGAGAGUUUGGGGUCUGUGGAUACAACAGUUUGUGGGGAUGAUGAAUUCUCUGGUAACCAGACAUUGUUUAGGGCCAAUGUUUUGGAAUUGGUGAGGAAUGCGAGAGUGGAAGGGCCUAAGAACGAUGGAUUUUUCACAGGGUUAGUGAGCCAUGGAAAUUUAACAGUUUAUGGUUUAGGUCAGUGUUGGGAGUUUGUUAAUGGAAGUGACUGUAUGGAUUGUCUGGAGAAUGCAGCAUCUAGACUUGUUUCUUGCUCAUCAAAGGUGGAGGGGAGGGCUUUGAAUACAGGGUGUUAUUUGAGAUAUUCAACAACGAAAUUCUAUAACAAUUCAGGCAUUGAUGAUGCUCUUGGUGAAGGAGGAGAAUCUCAUCGCCGAGCAAUCAUCAUUGCCUCAACUUGUGUUGCCGUCGCUUGUCUGCUAUUUAUAGCUAUGAUAUCAUUAUUCGUGAGGAGGAAGAUUCUGCGAGAAAAAACAGCAAAGAAGCAGCUCGGUCCCUUACUCGCCGUAGUAAACAAAUCAAGAAUCAAUUAUUCGUACGAAAGUCUCGAGAGGGCCACGAAUUACUUCCAUGAUUCUAACAAACUGGGGCAAGGCGGAUCCGGAUCUGUUUACAAGGGGAUAUUGCCCGGAGGACAGAUAGUCGCCGUAAAGAGACUCUUCUUCAGCACCAAACAAUGGGUGGAUCAUUUUUUCAAUGAGGUUAAUUUGAUUAGCGGUGUCGAGCAUACUAACUUAGUGAAGCUCUUGGGUUGCAGCGUGACGGGGCCAGAAAGCCUCCUCGUGUAUGAAUAUGUCCCGAAUCAAAGCCUUCACGACUAUUUCUUCGGUGUUAGAAAAGAUGUCCCAAAGCUGGGAUGGGAAGAACGGCUCAAAAUCAUAUUAGGCGCAGCCGAGGGUCUCGCUUUCCUCCACGAAAAAUCGAACUUGCGGAUCAUCCACCGAGACGUGAAAUUGAGCAACAUUCUUCUCGACGACGACUUCACACCGAAGAUCGCCGAUUUCGGCCUCGCGAGAAUGUUCCCAGAGGACCAGAGUCAUAUAACCACCGCUGUCGCCGGCACACUUGGCUACAUGGCGCCGGAAUACAUCAUCCGUGGAAAACUUACGGAGAAAGCAGACGUGUAUAGCUACGGAGUUGUCAUCGUCGAAGUCAUGACGGGCGUGACGAACAGCACGUUUUUGCGGAACUCGAAUUCGAUCCUCCAUAAGGUAUGGAACCUUAACAGAUUGGGGAAACUAACCGAAGCGAUCGACCCCUCGAUGAACGGAAAGUGUCCCGAAGAAUUGGCGAGUCGGGUACUUCGUAUCGGCUUAUUAUGCGUGCAAGCUUCCGCCGAGCUACGGCCAUCCAUGUCAGCUGUGGCGACGAUGCUGAUUGGUAACGAACAAAUCCCGGAACCGACGAAGCCGCCAUUUCUCAGCUCGAGUAUUGCGGCGACGCCGGCAGCGGUCAGCAGCCCGUUUUUGGAGGCGAACGGAGCUCCGGUGAUAGGAAAUUCGAACACGGGAUCAUCAGGUAAUGAAAUUACAGAGAGCUUUCUCAUACCAAGAUGACAUUAGCUUUUCGUACAUGGAAAUGGAACUAUUAAGGACAAACUUUGAUUGAUCUAAAUUCAAGGCUAAAUAUAUAUAUAUAGGUAAUUCAGUGUAUAUAUAGUAUUUUAGGUACAUGGUUGAAUAAAUUUUUAUUUUUAUUUGUUUCGUGAGUUAUAUAAUUAGCAUUUUAACAUAAAUUGUUUUAUAUAAAAAUGUGUUGUAUGAGUUAUAUAUUGUGUAAUGACAAGUUAUAUAUUGUGUUAUGUCA